AUGGCAAAUAGGUCCACAACAGCCUAUUCGGGGCAAUCGCUGGGGGGGAAAAAUUCUGAAAGUGAAGAAGCCAGUCGGGAUGAUGUUAUUGAAGCAAGGCCCAGCAUUUCCCAUGCGAUUCCAUCGCCCAUAUUGUCAAGUUCUUCAUCACUCGAACCAACUCAAAACUCGUCAAGCCUACCAGGAUCAUCAUUAUCAAGCCCUGAAGACAAUCUCAGAAAUACUCCUAUCAAAGAAUUGUGGUUCUUGGCAUAUGAGAGGCUUAAAAAGGAGGAUUUUACGCUUGUUAAAGACUAUGAGAGCAAACUUCAAGGGAAUGUGCCUGCCGCCUUAAUACUGCCAUUGAGUAUCAAGGAUAAUGUGCGAGAGCAGAUGGAUGAAGUCACUCAAAAUGCCUGGAAACUCAAGUUUGGCGAUGCCAGCAUCCAGAUGAGGGAUCUCUUGCCACCUAUCCUAACCAUUAUCAGUCGUGCAAACGACUACAUUACGACAUCUCUGAAUACUAAUAUGUAUGCAUCAAUUGGAUGGGCUAGUCUUUUCAUUCACCCAAGCACUCAAGCGGAAUCUCUUUCAAAAGGGCUGGAGCGCAUUUCUUCGCUCCUCGUGCAGAGUCGUAUGCGGGAGGAGCUUUACUGUCGCCGUUAUAACUUCCAUGACUCCACCAGCGGUUUUGAAAUGCUUCACGAUGAUUACAAGAAUACCUUGGAAGCGCUAUAUAGAGAAAUUUUACGAUUUCAGAUGGCGAGUUAUUGCUAUUAUGCCAAUAACGGAGCUUUUCGUCUUGGUCUUGAUAUUGUCAAGUGGAAUGAUUGGGAUGCUCUCCUAGACAAGGUGCUUGAGAAAGACCAAAGAUUCAAUCAGGUCAGCGAGAUUUGGCGCGAUAUGCAAUACGACGAGGAAUAUGCUACAGCCAAAAGUCAACACCAGGAAAUACUGCAGCACUGGGGCACAACCAAAAUCUGUAUUUCUAGCCUCCAACAAGUCAUAUAA